AUGGCACGUCCGUGGACUCAUCUAAUUCGUUUCAUUGCCAAAGAGGAUGGCCGCAUCCAUCUUGGGCAAAUUAACCCCGAAAAGUUUCCAGAUGUUGGCUUGGCCGUUUUCGAAGGAAAGAGUGUCGAUGCAAAGGUUAUCUCCGGGUCAGUGUACGAUGGUGUGGUAACGGAUCGAACUCUUCAUGUUGCUCAGCUGCUGCCACCUGUGACCGUCGAGCAGACGCCAUUGAUCCGAUGUCUAGGCCUCAACUACAGAGAUCAUGCAAAGGAGGCCAACAUGCCGAUCCCUGACGUCCCAGUGCUCUUCAUCAAGCCACGAACUAGCUUGAACGGGCCCUAUCCAGCCAAAAUCAAUAUCCCCAAAAUCGCUCAGGACGACACAGCUGACUAUGAGGCUGAACUGACCUUCAUUCUGUCCAAGGAUGGUCGAGACAUCCCUGAGUCGGACGCAAUGGACUAUGUUCUCGGGUACACUUGUGGCAACGAUGUCAGCGCGAGAACCCAACAGCUGAAGAAUAGCCAAUGGAACUUUGGCAAGGGUAUGGAUGGAUCAGCUCCAAUCGGGCCUGUCCUCGUUUCCCCAAAGGCAAUCCCGAAUCCGCACGGAUUGAACAUAGUUGCAACACACAACGCAAACACGGUCCAAGAGACAAACACAAGGGAGAUGAUCUUCAACAUUCCCAAGACUUUGGCGUAUUUGUCGAGUGGUACCACCUUAGAGAGAGGCACCAUAGUUAUGACAGGGACAGGCCCCGGAAUUGGCAUGACCCGCAACCCAAAAGUAGUGCUUCGACACGGAGACGACAUGAGGGUGUGGAUUGAGAGUAUUGGGACGUUGGUAAAUGAGGUAUACUACGAGUGA